GAUAUCGCCGAAUAUCCGCGUAAGAUUAUUCGUUUCUGCACCACAAAACCGACACAAACGCUUAAAGUUUUCGCGCAAAAAUUCCAACCGCUUCCGGUUAGUUUCGAAUUCCAUAUUUAUCGGCGAAUAUAGGAAAUUAUCACUUCCGUUUAUUAAAAGCAAGUUAAAUCAGAACACUGCAGAAUCCUUUCGUUUUCCGAAGAAUAAAAAUCCGGACCAAACCGACGCGUCCAAGUGCAACCGUUUGAUUGAAUCAAAACAGUGAUGGUGUUGAUAUUUUUCCCGAAUGAACACAAACAGACGGCGAAGCACAUGCGUGAAUGAACAUUGAGAGCAUUUUUCGGUUUCCCUCUCUUGCGCUCUCGAAACCAGCUGGAUUUGUUGUUGGGUCCCUUAUAAACAAAAAUCGCAUCGGAAAGCCACUUUUUUUCUAAUAUGUUUAAAAAUAACGUUUAAGUAGGACAAAAGUUGAUAAAUGGACGAAAAAAUGUCGUGAUAUAAAGUUCAGCAAAUUUAAAAUAUCGUGCUUAAAAUAUUUGUGUCAAUAUCACCAUGGAAGGAAAGCGACCGAAACCGGAAGCUGAUUCCGAAGAGAGAAAACGUAUACAGUUUUUGACGGAAAACUUCGAACGGUUGUGUCGGCUCUGUUUGACCAAUGAACAGUUGGUUAAUCUUUAUUCCAACGUUCAGGGUCGAAAUGUGUUCUAUGUAAGGAAUUUUGUCAAGGAUUCGCUUCGAGCGUUGGAACAUACGAUCAACAAAAAGGACGGUCUGCCGAACUUUAUCUGCGAAAAGUGCGAACGUAACUUGAACAUUAUCUUCAACUUCAAGAAAAAAUGUGACCACUCUAGAAGGGUGCUGGAGAAAAUUCGAAGCAAAACUAUCCAACCGGAAGAUCUGCGACUAGCGGAGGAACUAGGGGGCGAACAGCCAGUAGAAAAGAUUAAAGAAACUACGACAGUAAGCUACAAAACGAGGUCUAAAAAAGGAAUCACAGAUUCAAGCUGUGAAGAGUUGCUGCGAAAGCUUCCCCAAACUAUAAACGUAAAAAAUGUCAAGGAAGACGUGAAGGCAGAUAUCGUUUCUGUACUCAACAGUUCCACCGUAAAACAUGGAACUAAGUUAACAUCCCAGGAAUCUGCCCAAGAACUCUUGGUUGAAGUUUCUACAGCUAUGAAUUUUGAGAUUGAUGAACUAGAAAAAGACGACAAAAUUUCGAUAUCUGUUUCAGUUCCGGAAAUAAAGCCUAUGGUCGUCACUAUUGAGAAAGCCAAUCUGGAGGAGCCUAGUUUAAAUCCAGAGGAAUAUUUGGAAGAAAGAGGAGGGACGGAUUCCGAUAGCGAUUGGGUUCCGAAUGAAGGAAACAAAAAAGUUAUAAUUAAAACUAGCAAAGUAGAAUCAAAACCUCCCGAUCCUAAAGUUGCCGAAAUUAAACGACAACCACCCAAGCGGGAAAAGGCAUCCCCUAAGCAAAAAAAGAAAAAGCAUGCCAAUGAAAAGACGGUAUGCUCGAUCUGUGGGGCACUGGUCAACAAUAUGAAGUGCCACCUGGUGAUUCAUGCCGAGGUACGCCCGCAUCAGUGCGAACAGUGUCCCAAAAACUUUACCUCCAGAAAUAAGCUGCAAUCGCACAUCAACAGUGUACAUUUGAGGAAGCGGGACUACAAGUGUGAAAUUUGCGGCAAGGCUUUCCUGGAGAAGAACAACCUGAAGGGUCAUCUGAGGAUUCACAAUGGAGAGCGGAAGUAUGAGUGCGAUAUGUGUCCCAAGAAGUUUUUGUUUGCUGGUACCUUGAGGUAUCAUAAGCUGACUCAUACGCAGGAUAAGCAGCAUGAAUGUCAGGUAUGCGGCAAACUAUUCCUGCUGCGAACGACCCUCACGAAGCACCUGCUGGUGCACGGCGACGAGCGACCCUACAAAUGUGAAAUCUGCGACAAGGGCUUCCGCACCAGCACCCACCGGAUGGUGCACAUGCGGACGCACACCGGCGAGAAACCGUUGCGCUGCCGGAUAUGUGGCCUCGGGUUCGCCCAUCACAAGGCGCGCAGUACCCACAUGAAAUCCACCCACGCCCAGGAACUGAUCGCCCGGGAUAUGCUCGACGAGAAGGGUCACCUCAAGUUCUGAGAAGUGGAUAGGAUAGGUAAGUGCUUUUUUAAGUUAAUCUUAAGAGAAAUGUGUCUUUUUUUAAAUUGUAAU